AUGAGGAUCUGUCUGACGACAUAUAGCGCCGUCACCGGCUCGACCACGGCUACUCCGACUCGUCUCUGUCAGUCCUUCUCAACAAGCACCGUCGCUCCUGUUGAUCGCUAUCGCGGGACGGCCCGCCGAUUUCCAGAUGCAGGCGCAGGCACUGCCGUGACCUCUGCCAACUUCCAGGGGACCAGUGGCUGGAUUCGCACCGUCGACGCCCUCUCUCCGACUAUUCAGAAAAUCAGACGGAGUUUGCUCCUCACCAAAAAACGAUACAUUCGAAACCGAUCAGCCCAUGGAGUUGGCCACGUGCAGUACAAGGAUGACGAUUCCCUUGUUGACGAAAAAGAAGAAGAAAGAGGAGAAGAGAUGGGACACGUGAAAUCAGAUGAAGAAGAAAAGAGAGAGAAGAAAAGAGAGAUGACAGGAAAAACGUGA